AUGGAAGAUGAUACUAUUGGAACUGCUUGUCUGUCAAUUGCUACUAAGGAUGAAGACAAACCUGGUAGCCUAUGGAGUGUUAUUGUUUUUUCCUAUAGUCUCAAUUACCCGCACAAUCCUGAAGAAGCUAUGAAGCAAAUAUACGAGAGUCAGGAAAUAUUUAACUCACGGAAAGAGUUAAUCAUUCUUGCAGAGAAGCUUGUACUUGCUACUUUAAAUUUUACUUUUGAAAUUCCACAUCCCCAUGACUUCCUUACAGCCUACGUGACGACCUUGGCUAUUGAGCCUGUCGAAAGUAAGAACAAACUUAUUCGAGUUGCCUCGGAGUUUGCCAAUGAUGGGAAUUUGACAACGCUUAGCUUGCAAUUCUGCCCGCAACAAAUUGCAGGAGUUUGCAUUUUCCUUGCUGUCAAGCUCCUAAAGCUGGAGCUUCAGGAUGGUAGUGAGAGCUUUUGGCGGAAUAUGAUUGGUGUCACCCAACAACAAUUGGAAGCGAUUUGCAACCAGUUAUUGAGAAUCUAUGUGAUCUUUAGAAAAAGAAGAGGACUGGAAGAAAAUGCAGGUGAUGGAGGGGGAGCAAGAGCUGAUGCAGAGGCUCCUGCUACGAAUGAGGCGCAAGCACGUGAACCGAAUCCAUCAUCUAAAGGAAAAGAAGUGGUAGGAAGUGCAAGUGGUGCUGGAGAUGGAGAUGGAACAAGUGCUGCUGGAGAUGGAGAUUUAGCAAGUGCUGCUGGAGAUGGAGAUUUAGCAAGUGUUGCUGCAGAGACUCUGGUCCUGCUACUACAUCAUGCGCGAGCAGUACAGCAGGCACGAGCAGUACAGCGGGUGCAAGCAGACGAGCCUAAUCCAUCGUCGUCUAAAAGAGAAGAACAGGUGGAAGGAAGUUCAUCACCAGCUGCUACAAAUGCUCUGGUCCUCCUAGGUGUAACCCCUAAGCACUCAUCAUCUUCAGAAGAAUGA